AAAAUGUUUCAUAAAUCAAUACGAAGUAUAUUGAAAACACAAUAUCGAUUUUACGUAGCAAAAAUCGAGCAACAAACUGAACACUUACCACUUGAAGAAAUUGGAAAUAUUAUAAAAAUAAAACCAGAAAGAUUAGCUGCAGCUUUUCGAAAGAAUGCAAAAUUAAAUCGUACACAUUCUAGUCAUUGGAAAUGUUUUUUCAACACUUUAACAAAUCAAGGUUUUAAACCCGAAAUAUGUUUAAGUAUGGUCACAAAUUAUCCCGAAUUGUUAUAUAAAAAAGAGAAGGAUUUAAUCAAUGGUUUAGAAAAUUGGAGAAAUUGCCAAUUUGGUGAGAGCGCUGCUAUUCAUCUUCUUUCAACUCAUCCACAUUUCAUUGAUAUUCCAUCUAAUCAAAUUUACGAACGUACAAAUAAUUUAAGCUCGUUAAUAUCGUCAAGAGUUAAAGUUAAACAGUUAAUUGAAUUAAAUCCAAACGUAAUGGUCGUAAAUUGGAAUCAAAUAACACAAUCUAUUGAUUAUUUAACCAAUAUUAUGAAGAUAGAAAUGUCUGAAAUUUAUAAAUCAAGCGCGUUACAAUUACCUUUGGAAGAGCUACAAUGCCGACACACUUUUUUGGUACGUUUAGGAUUGUUUAAACCACGUAACCCAAAAGCCAGUCCUUUAGAUCCCUGUACUAAUCCAAAACUACGACAAAUUACUGAUACGGAUGAUACAGUUUUUGCUAAAAGUGUGUGCCAAGUUAGUUUAGAAGAGUUUCGAGUUUUUCAACAAUUGUUUGAGAGAGAACUAAAGAACAAAGAUGAUUUCAAUGAAGAUUUAGAUUAGAUAUUCUUGUCCGCCAUUGUGUUUCCUCUAGAUGAAAGGAUAAAAAUCCAGUGUUGUGAUCUUUAUGCAUCGUUUAGUAAAUAAUUUUGUCGAAUUUCAUUAUAAAAAAUGUCCAUUACGUAUACAAGUGUUGGAUAGAAGAUGAGUUUCAAAUUA